GAUCCAGAAGCCUUCCAGAAGCAGAAGACAGCUCUACCACUCUACAAAGGAGUGGGACCCUUUCAGCCAUGAAGCGUGUAUUGAACCUUUAUCUCUUAGGUGUGGUGCUGACCCUGCUCUCUGUCUUCGUUAGACUGAUGGAGUCACUGGAGGGCUUACUGGAGAGCCCAUCGCCCGUGAACUCCUGGACCACCAGAAGUCGGCUAGCCAGCACACAGCCCAAGGGCCUUCCAGACCAUCCAUCCGGAGAGGUGUGAUAAGACCUCUCUCCGACGGCUAUAAUCUUGGAACACUGACUUAAACACGUCCAGCCAGGUGUCCCAGUUCCUGGGCAGGCAAGCUCAGCAUCAGUGUUAUCAGAGAACUAACUGUUACUAGGCCCUUGAAGGGCCUCCUCACCUGGAAAAAGAGCCUGUUUAAUACACAAGUGGGAGUGGGUUGCCUAUGGCUGUGGGAUGGAGUGAUCGCACUCCUCUGCCCCUAGUCUGCUGUAUGCUUUGCUGUCCUUGGCAGCCUGGCUCUGACAUCUCUUAAAAGGGGGGCUUCUGCUCAACUGCAGCUGUUGGAAGAUGGUGUUGUUUUCAACUCUACUUCCUAAACAUCUGGCAAGAGUUCCUUUGGACUUGAGUGUCUUAUGGUCAGUUUAUUUGGUGGUCAGCUUCUCUUCCGUGAGAGCUCCUCUGUGCGUGGAUAACAGUUGAAGAGAUGUGUGGGUUGGCUGUAGGGAGGGGGAAGACAUUCAAUGUCCAGUUCUCAUUGUUUUACAUUUUUAAGUCCUUCCUUCAACGUAGUGUGGAUGUGUGUAUAUUGGUCUGAAGGAGGCAGUGAGAUGACAGAGCCUGCUCAGGGCAUUAUGGCCACCAUGUGGCUUAAGUGAAUUUUUCUAAUGAAAUAAAAUUGCAUAUAUAUUUCCA